CACACUUGGCUCGAGCGCUGCUGCGGUGCAACCACGAUGUCGGAGCAGGAGUCUCUGAGGUGCUCCAGUGCCAGAAACCGUGGAGGCGUACAGCGGGUCGAAGGAAAACUGCGAGCCAGUGUAGAAAAAGGGGAUUACUAUGAAGCACAUCAGAUGUACAGGACUUUAUUUUUUAGGUACAUGUCACAGGCAAAACAUGCUGAGGCCAGGGAGCUGAUGUACAAUGGCGCUCUACUCUUCUUCAGCUAUAACCAGCAAAACAGUGCAGCAGACCUGUCCAUGCUGGUACUGGAGGUGCUGGAGAAGUCUGAGGCAAAAGUUGAUGAUGAAACAUUAGAAAGCCUGGCUAAGCUGUUCAGCCCGAUGGACCCUAACUCUCCAGAGAGAGUAGCGUUUGUGUCCAGAGCCUUGAAAUGGUCCACAGGAGGGUCCGGCAAGUUGGGUCACCCAAAACUACACCAGCUGCUAGCUGUCACCUUGUGGAAAG